AUGAAGUUUUCCUCUGCUGCUCUGUUCCUCUUCGCGGCCGCGACGACGGUAUCCUGUGCACCUAUCGCCUCCACUGGAGACCUCAAUCUUGUCGCUAGAGAGGAAGCCAGUGUCGACUCCGGCCUUGCUACUCGACUUUGGUCAAUUCUCAAAGAGAGAGACGCAAACCCCGAGGAGGCAAGCGUUGAUUCAGGUCUCGCCACCAGACUUUGGUCUAUCCUCAAGGAAAGAGAAGCUGCUCCUGCGAAGCGUGAGGAAGCCAGUGUCGAUUCUGGGCUUGCCACUAGACUUUGGUCCAUUCUCAAAGAACGCGAAGCCAACCCAGAAGGGGCGAGCGUUGAUGCCGGCCUCGCUACUAGACUUUGGUCAAUUCUGAAGGAAAGGGAGGCUAGCCCUGAGAAACGCGAGGAAGCAAGUGUCGACUCUGGCCUUGCCACUAGGCUCUGGUCGAUCCUGAAGGAGCGCGAGGCUAACCCCGAGGAGGCCAGCGUCGACUCAGGUCUUGCUACCCGACUAUGGUCGAUCCUAAAGGAGAGGGAUGUGUCACUCGAUGCAAGAUUCGAUACCUCCAAGCUCAAUUGGGCAACCUUGUAA